UGCUGGAUUUUGGAUAUCUGCCAACGCCAAUCAUCGUGGAAUCAGCUGUUUUGCGUUGUUUCUUGUUUGCAUUGUAUUUCAGAUUCAGAUUUCAGUAUUCGCUAUGGAUUAAAGCUCUGUUACUUUUUGCAUUGUGUUUCUUUCUCUUAAUAAUUGGGUAUAUGGUUCUGUUAAUUAGUAAUCCUUUGUGUUUUUAGUUCUAAUUGCAUUUCAUCAAACUUAAAUUGAUUUGAAUGCAGUAGUUUAGUAUGGCGGACGUAAAAUCUUUGGAACAUCCCACAUUGAAGGUGCCUUAUGAACUUUUGAAUAAGAAAUUCAGGUCAGCGCAAAAGCAGUUGGAUAGGGAGGUUUCCCACGUACAAGCAGCAGCCCAAGAGCUGGAAAGAGGCUUACAGGGUGAUGCGGUUGGCGCAAGUGAAAUCAGUCGUUUGCUUGGAGGCAUGGUCGAAAAGCUGCAAGUCCUCAAAAGAAAGGCUGAGGAAAGUAUAUCAGAAGAGCUUCAAGUAGGCUAUGUGUGCAAACGCCGCCUUGAACAUCUGAAGGAGCAUGCUGGAGGCUCUCAGUGGCGAAGGCGACGUCUCGAUCGAAUGCUUGUCGAGUACUUCCUGCGCAGAGGCUACUACAAUGCGGCCACUCGCCUUGCUCACACUUCCGAUCUACAAGAUCUCACGAAUAUCGACGUGUUUCUGGUUUCAAGAGAAGUGGAAAGAUCGCUUGCAGCUAGAGAAACAGCGAAAUGCCUUGCCUGGUGUCAUGACAAUCGUUCCAAAUUACGCAAGUUACAAUCAUCCAUGGAAUUCAAUCUUCGAAUUCAAGAGUUUGUCGAGCUAGUUCGCUCUGACAGAAGAAUGGAUGCAGUUCGCCAUGCAAGGAAACACUUUGCUACUUAUGAAGAAGAUAGGAGAAGACUCCAAGAUAUCCAACACUGCAUGGCUCUCCUCGCUUUCCCAGCUAAUACAGAAAUUUCUCCAUAUAAAGAACUACUGGACGAAGGUCGUUGGGAAAAACUUGUUGAACAAUUCAGGCAAGAAAACUACCGACUUUUCCAAAUGGCGUCUCAAUCGGUAUUCACUGUGGCACUCCAGGCUGGACUCUCCGCAUUGAAAACACCUCAGUGCUACAGUGUGCGAGAGAACCGGAACCCCAGCUGCCCGGUGUGCCAGGACUGGCUGAAUGUGCUGGCCAUGCCUCUGCCAUUCGCGCACUGCUCGCAGUCGAGGCUGGUUUGCCACAUCUCUGGUCUGCCGCUCAACGAGCACAACCAACCCAUGGUGCUGCCCAACGGCUACGUCUACGGAGAACGGGCCUUGAAACAGAUGGCAGCCGAUAACAACGGACAAAUAAUCUGUCCAAAAACAAAAGAAGUUUUUUCCUACAAAAAAGUGGAGAAAGUUUAUGUAAUGUAAAUAAUAAGGACUUGAAAAUUACGUUUAUGAAACAUUUAACAUGUUGAGAGGGCAAUAACAGCAUAAUUCAUUAUUUUAUAUGUGUUCUAUAAUAAAAGAUCAAAAAUAUCUCAUAGACUAUUCUUCAAAAUUUAUUUAUCUUGAAAUAUAUUUUGAGAUUUUGAAUAUUUCCAAAUCACCAAAUGCCUUAUGUUCGAUUUCUUCUGUUAAUUCCAUUUUUGAACAAGCAUGUAAUUUUUUGCAUUCUGUUGCAUAACCUAAAUUACUUGAACAAAAAUGAUGUUUCAUGAAAUUUGAAUUUCCUUCUUUAUUAAUAGCCAAGAGAAAUUAUAUUUAUUCAUGACAUUUUUCCGUAAUUUAUUCUUGGUUAUAUUCUUUCAGUGUUCUUAAGUAAUUAAUAUUGUACAUUGUUAUUCUCCAGCAGUAAUGUAAUGAGAUUUAUCAUAAUAUUCUUCAUCAAUAAGUAUAUCUUCAUAUUUGUUUCUUCUUUUGAUAUAUUAAUUAUGUAGCUCAGUAGGUUAAUCUUUAUGCUUCGUCAAUAAAAAAAAAUAUAUAUAUAUAUAUUUGUGAAUGAUGCCAUUUGUUUAUAUUUUUAAUUGAUUGAAUAAAUGAAGAAUGAAUAC